AUGUUCUCCUUGUUCUCCUUGUGCCACAGGUUCUGCGGUCCCGCGAUCCCGUGGACCGCGCCGAUUGAAACCACUCAGUUUGUGGGAAGGCACAGCUCGCCGUUUCCCUCAUAUACCGAGCCCGUCGUUGCAGCCUGCCCAUCUCUUACCCGCCAUCCUCCCCACCCGGCUCGCGAUACGAACGCAUACCUCGCCGUCCUUCGUGACACUACUGUUUUACCCCCUUUUGACUUCACCUCAAACAUGCGUUCGUUCAGCAUCGUCCUUGCUGUGGCUGUCCUUGCGGCUCAGGUCACUGCGGUCGUUGUGGAUGACCUCCAGGUCCGCUCUGAAUCAACGUCGAUCGGCCCCAGCUCGACCACUUCCCUUCCGCCCACUACCGGAACGACCAUCAUCGACAGCUCUCCCGGCAGUACUAACCCCACUACCACCGCCGCCAGUGUCACCAGCUCCACUUCUAUUACUGGCUCCGCCGGAAACCACGGCACCAGCACCGCGUCCAGCUCUACUGGUUCUCACAACACCUCGGUGACGUCCUCCUCCUCGACCACCCAGUCUCUCCGCCCUUCCACCGGCACCACCUCAAAGAACCCCGCGAGCACCUCAGGCUCGUCCACUCAGCCGAUGCUCUCCGCGACUGCCGCCCCCGCCGCAAAAGCUGCAAAUGCUGCCAUGUCCGCCGCUGUCGCCUCCGCUGCUGUCGCCUUCGCCACGGCGGUGCACCCCAACCAGGACUUUGCGCUGUCGGCCGCGACUUCCGCCGCGCGCCCGUCUGCUGCCACGGCGGCGGUGUGUCCCUCCGCUGCUGUUGCCGCAUUCGCUGUCGUCGCCGCGCGGUCCGCCGCGGCCGUCGGUCCCAUGCACAGCGCCGCCGCGUCUGGUGCCGUCGUAGAGCAUGCCAGCGCUGCCGUGGAGGCGGACGUCUUACCGUCGAGGUCCGCGAAUUCGCGACAGCGGAUGGACCGUAUCGUACAGAACGCACAGUUUCUCUUUGGUACCGUUAGUUCUGGCUUCGUCGUCCCUCCUUCAGCGCCAUUAACUCUUGUCUGA